AUGUUUCUUAGCUUUUCUAUUACAGGGGCCUCGGUGCGGCCGUUUAUGCACCUGCUGCAGACCGUCUGCAAGCAGGGCGAGGGGAUCUUCUUCGAGCCGCACCAGGACGUGCUGCAGCUACGUGCGGUGAACAGUACCCGAAGCACGCACAUGCUUGUGAGCAUUGCCGCCUGCCAUCUUGAGGGCUACCACUACAUUCAUGGAAAUAGCGCGGCAAAUUCUUCAGGACAAGAGGGCAGUCCAACGUCUGAGACAAAUCCGUCGCGUCACAACGAUAUCAAUGGCAGCGGGGAGUCUUUUUUGCUGCUCCCCACAAAGGCCCUUACCGUGACGGUGCUACGCCAGUCGCAGGGCUUGUGUGCUGUGCACGUUCACUACGACGCCACCUCUGCGUCCGAUAUGGCCGCCUGUGACGCACUGCAGUGGGAGUGCGUGUUGUCCUGCGGCACAACGAAAAAGUUUGGGCUCCCGUUGGCGGAGGGACGGCCGGAACGCGCUUUUUUUGCACCUGAACGUUUUGGCUUUGAUGCAUGUGCGGCAGCGUGGUUGUGGGGAGCGUUGCUUGCCUGGUUCCCUGCGUCACGGCCGCGCGUUGUAAUGCAACCCCUCAAGUCGCGUCUUGAGCUGUGGGUUGUGGAUAACGGCGAGGCGGACAUCAUGGAAGGCGCCCAGCCGCCGCUGGAUGGUGGCAAAAGCGGUGGGGCAGAGACGAAGGUUGUGGCGUCGCAGGACCACUUCCUCUUUAUGCAGCAGUAUGAGCCCCACGACGGCGAGCCACACCGUGGGAGUGCAACGGCGUCGAGGGAAAAGAGUGGCGUGGAUGAGGCAUGCGGUGCAGCAGGGGCAAGUGAAGUGUUGCUUCCGGGAAAAAUCAUUGAGAUGAAGCCAUUCAAGCAAGUCUGCCUUCUGGCGGAUCAACUUGGUAUGAUGAUUCGAGUGCGCACCGGGGUGGAGGGCCUUCCCGUUUUUGUGGAGGCCAUCACAGUGCAGGCGGCUCAACAGGCAGCUGCAUUAGCAAUCAAAACUGCAACCAAAGAUGCUGCUGCUUCUGCGGUAUCUGUUUUUUCGGGCAACGGCGUUGCCGCUAUGCCGCAGAAUAUGUUUGGCAGACACCCAGUGCCGGUGGAGAACUCAUUUCAGGUGACAUUCUCCAUGUACAUUGCUGCCUUUGACGUGCCACAGCGGGUCUUGGACGGCGGCGAGGGAUUCACAGCAACGAACCGUCACUCCACCAACUCUGUCACCACCGUCACUGGUGAGGACCGUGGUGUAGGUACGGCGAGUGAGAUGCACGAGGUCGGGGCCCCAGUGGCUUCCACGUACGUUGCGCCGCUUUCACCGGACGCAGCGCCCGCUUUGGCUGGGGCGCCGCAGGCCCUCCCCACGAUAACAGCAAGCGCGACCGCAGGGCCGGCUGUUAUCCUGGAAGGUGCCACCAAUGGGGCAGAUCCUGCGAAGAAUAACGUCUGCUCACCGCCGGGUGUCCUGGUGUCCGCGUCUCUCAAUCAGGGACCGUCGGGUCUUUUUGACGGGCCCUCGCAGGUGGACGCGUCGCCUUCGCACAGCAAUGGGCGUACGCUUUUCUCCCCAGGCGGGGAGAUCGUGGUACGGGCCACACCGGACGCUCCUACGGCUGCUGAGGGUAGGGCCAGCACACCACGCCGUGGCGGCAAGCGAUGCCGUGGCGGCGAAACCGUCGACGGCAAAUCCCCUCAGCAGUCGAUUGUCAGUUGCACCGCUGGCGUCACCACCGCCAUGUCGGUGGCGCAGUCUGCCUCGUUUGUGGCGCCCACGAACGUGUCGUCCAGCGACCGCACUCAGGCAGGACUGCAACAGCGAGAGGAGGAGCUGAUGUUGUCAGGCUCUGCGAAGCCUCCAGUAGAAACUCGGUUUCCGCUGGACUUUAACGCCUUUAUGCAGGAAAUUGCGGAGGAGGCAAAGGAAGAUGAGGAGCCUAGCGAGGAGGAUGAGGACUUGCAACGUUUUCUUGAAAGUUGUAUGUCUUUGUUUGUGCGACCAGAAACCCCGGCAACCCAGCCACAGUAG